GAGGAAAAAGAAGAAGCAUCAGGGCAGAGCCGCGAGUGUGUGAACACACACAGCCAGGCGCUCCCGUGUUACCGUGUGUUACUGUGUCACUCUCAGGGACUAAUGGAGAUCUUUGGGAGCACGUUUGACGACUCGGUGUUUGUGGAGGCCAGAGACAGAGUCUCAGUCGCUCUGUCGUCCUAUAACGCCAAGCUGUGUGAGCCGGAGUGGUUCUGUGAGAGUGCGGCUCUUGAUACAGAGGAUGCUUUGGAGAAGCAGAAGGUCUACAAGUUCAGAGCUGACUUGGCCCUGAGACAGGGGGACUACCAGAAAGCCCUGGACGCGUACAGCAGCUGUCUGACGUGGAUCCCUGACAACAACCUGACCAUCAGAAGAGACGUGCUGGAGGGAAUGGCCCGCUGCUGCACCCACCUGGGCCAGAGGCACAGGGCCCUGGACUUGGCCCGCCUACUGAGUAAAGAAGCCUCCAACAGCUGCCAUCUGACCAGCCUGCUGCUGCUUAAGGUCAGCAUCCACCAGCGCUUUGGAGCCACAGGAUCCAAGAUGGCGGCUCUGCAGCAGCUGUGUAGCCUGCUGCCCUUCAACCCCUGGCACUGGCACAGUCUCGGACAGACGUGCCUGGAGCUGCUGGAGGCUGGCAGACCAGUGGCUGUUCCAGGAUCCUGCUCCCCACAGGAGUGUGAAUCAGCAGGAGAGCCGAGUGACAGACAGACUGAGGAGGAGGAGGAGGAGGAGGUGGAGGAGGUGGAGGAAGUGGAGGAAGUGGAGGAAGAAGAGGGCAGAGUCUGGCUAAAGGCCUGCAUGUGUUUCAUCAGAACAAGACUCUUGCUGAGAAUCCUUCGGCAGCAGCAGUCCUCCUUUGUGCUGCAGCGUAGUGAGAGCGCCCUCCAGAGGAUAGAUGAGGCACUACAGCAGUUGAAGCCCAAAGAGAGCACUCUGCAGGCCGUCACUGAGGUGAUGUCAGAGGACCUGAUCCCAGAGAAAAUGAGGGAGGACAACCAGGAUGGGGAGAGUCUGGCCAGUCUGUGUGUGCAGAGCUUCAAUGAGCGCUGGUUGAACAAGCUCUUACUGACAGGAGCGCUGGAGACUGAUGGACCUCAAUGUCAGAGAGAGACAGAGGCAAAGACAUGAAGCCCCAAGGCUGAGCACACAGAACUGACACCUAUUCUGAACAUUUAAAAUAUAUUUACAUGGCAUCCCAGCUACAGGAUAAUGCUGACAGGACAGAUGGCAGAGAGCAAGAGCCUCUUGAAGAACAUCUUGAAGGAGGGUCAAGCAUUUUUUUCUGAAACAUUGCAUGGCUCUUUCUAGAGCUGGGUAUUGCCAACAACUUGAUGAUACGAUGUGCAUCACGAUACAUAUUGAUAUUGAAUACCGAUCAUGUACCACAACAGCUAUUUAUUAUCAACUGUGUAUUGGUUAAAAAGAAUGAAAAAAUCUUAAAUGUAAAGUAAAAUAAAAUACCGUUUUUUUUUUAACCAUGA